CCAAAAUCCGUCGUGAAAACAACAACAAAGCAUUUUCGUUUUGGCGAGUGUCUAUUUCGGACAAGUGUUUACCGGUUUCGAUUUUUCAGGCAAAAUUAUUUAACUUCUCGUCAAAAUUGGACGUGUUGUUUCACGGAAGAAAAGGAGAAAGAUAUGCUGUUGUCGAGAAGGCGACCGAAAAAUUCGCUUCUGGGAGUUCGUGUCAGCGCACCUUGGAAAGAUGGAUUCUACUAUUCCGGGAUAAUUGAGGCGGUCAAAAGCAAACCUACCGGCGAAAACACUUACACCAUUCUGUUUGAAGACGACUACAUUGCUGAAGUGGAUGAGGGAGAAAUUGUGGGACCAGGAUUCAAAAGUGUGGGAACUUCCUCGUUAAAGAACGGUCAACAUGUUUACAUCACGUACAAGAGUCGCGAAGUUGGCGCCCGUGUACUUAAGAUUCGUUCAGAGUUCAACGAAGUUUUGGUUCAAAUUUUGGACCAACACGAAACAAUUGUUGCUGUAAGACCGAGUGAGAUUCAUCUGAUGAAAGGGCAACGGUAUUCCACGGUGCCUAUCGAAGUCAAGGGUUGCAACGGUACUAGUUCAUUCGUAUCGUGCCCGAUACCAUGCAAGAUGAGAGCACAUGGAAUACACUCUUGCGAUGGAUGGACCAAACGACAAGAAAACGUUACAAGAGGUGAAGAAAUGGCUGCACUUGUUCUUACUGCGCUGUCAAUCUCUCCGGUUCUCAAAGAUGCGGAUCAAACGGACGAUGUGUUUCUUAGCUUUCCUCCCACUCCGGACUCAGGAUCCGAGAUGGCUACAUUUUCGAGCCCGGGAAAUUCGCCGCUCCGCUCAUCCUCGCCAGUGCACUCGAAUGACUCGAACUUUUUCUUAAGUGGUCCACCCUCUCCAAUUGACGAAGGCAUUGGAGUUGAUUAUCAGAAACAAGAAAACACCCGCAAAAGAAAGACUUCUGCCUCUUCGAGUUCAAGCGUGAAGACAUUGUACAAAUGUACGUGGCCGCGAUGCGGGAAAACCCUCUCUACCGCCCCCGGAAUUAUCAGACAUGUUCGAACAAUCCAUCUCGGGCCUAAACGUUCGACUGAGGAAGGCUACAGUGAUGGGGAAGAAGACUUCUACUUCAACGAAAUAGACUUAGAAGAAGACGACUACAUGAACGAUCAUGUUUUCCCAACACCGCUUGCACUGUCACCAACACCAACACAGUCUCAUUUUGACAUGGUGAAGAACCCGUGGACCGAACCAGGCCCUGAAUUAUCCUCAAGUGGACACGACUCUCCACAGCAUCCGCGCUUCAACUGGGAUGCUUCAGCAAUCACAAGUCUCUCGACCUACCCAUCUCCGUCGAAAGCGAGCAGCGGCAAGACCAGUCCAUCCAGGGUACAGCACAGUUCAAAUCAUCACACGCACCGCAAGGUUCGUGGAGAGAGCAAGAAAUGCCGAAAGGUGUACGGAAUGGAAAACAGACAUCUUUGGUGUACACAAUGCAGAUGGAAAAAAGCUUGCGUACGAUUUGCAGACUAAAGAACUGAGCAAACUCACCAUGCAGAUAUAUAUAUUUAUAGCUCGUUCGUAGCACACGGUUAGCGUGUAAUAAAAUAAAUGGACAACAUGUAUAAAGAUUAAAUAUUUUAUCAAAUCGUUAUAUUUUUAUAAUCGCAGUUCAUAGGUGUUACACAUCUUCUGCGAGGGAAGAGAGGCGAUUCAGUCGUUUGGGAAUGAUUAAGAAAAACCAACGAAGAUUAUUGCAUGGUGCAAAAAUUUUCAGCGACUCGUUCAGCUUUUGAACAUAAUACACUCUACAGAAAACAUUUGUAAUCUUGUGUCUAACAUGAUAAUGUAUUGGCACCAAACUAAACGUUAUAAUACUAUAUGUAGAAACGAAAUGUCUGGAGGGUAGAAAGAAAAUGUUUCCAAUAAAUUUGUCAUGUGGUUUUGAUAAUAGCUCA